AUGGCCGCUGCACAAGGCGAUCCGGAGGCUCACCUAGUCGCUGAAGACGAAAUUUCCGAUAGCGAACAGGAUCUUGAGAGCAUUCGCUCAGAGACCACUAGUGUGAAGGACUCUAUUCUUGAGUAUAGAAUCGAGAAUGGAAGAUCCUACCAUAAAUACAAAGAUGGCAACAUGCAGCACGAGAUUUGCCUUCUCACAUUCCACGAGAGGUUAGGACUCGCUCCUCCUUGUGACGAAGGCGCAAAAGUCGGCCGAGUUCUUGACCUUGGCACCGGAACCGGCCUCUGGGCCGUUGACUACGGUAACCAGCACCCAGAGGCGGAGGUUAGUGCUGUGAGCUUAAGUGUCCCUCCUAAUGUCAAGUUUGAAGUCGACGAUGUUGAGGAGGAGUGGCUAUAUUCUCGGCCCUUCGACUAUAUCCACCUUCGAUUCAUGAACGGAUCUAUUUCGGAUUGGACAAAGAUUAUUCAGAAAGCCUAUGAUCAUCUCGUCCCAGGCGGCUACUUUGAGAUCCAGGAAGGAGAUUUUGUCAUCAAAGCUGAUGAUGAUACUCUACCUCCUGAGAAGCCCCUGGCGCAGUUUACGUCCCUCAUUCGAGAAGCUGCGGAGAAGUUUGGGCGCAGAUUCGCUCCUAUCUCCGAGAUAAGGGAGUCCAUGGUUGAUGUUGGGUUUGAAAACGUCGCCCAACAGGAUUUCAAGUGGCCCUCCAACCCAUGGCCGAAAGACGAGCACUACAAGAAAAUCGGCGAGUGGAACUUCCACAACUUCGUGGAUGCCGCUGAAGCCAUGGCUCUUGCACCUUUGACUCGGGGGCACGACUGGACGAAGGAGGAGGUCCAGGUUUUCCUUGUGGGUGUUCGCAAGGACAUGAGGGACAGGAAAAUCCACUCAUACAUGCCUAUGUAA